AUGUCAACCCAAGCAAGAAUAAUCUCACUUCUCUCUGCCGAAACAUAUCCUGCCGGGUCUCUCACGGUCCUCGUCGGCAUAACAAUCAUAUUCCUGGUAUGGAUUGGAAAUGGCCACCCAACAUACAAGAACGUGCCCAAGGUUAGUAGGCCGUUUGUCAAGUAUUUCAUCGACUGGGAACCUGCAUCGCCGUUUCGGUUGCAAACGUAUGAAGCAGAGGGGUACAAAAAGUACAAUAAAAAUGGAUUACCGUUUGUUGUCAAGCUAUUUGGCGUGGAUGCUAUGAUUCUACCAGCGAAGUAUUUACCUUCGCUGAAAAAGAUAAACCGACAUUCUCUAAACUUUGCGCAGCAUCUAAACGAUAACAUGAACAUGGAAGCUACUGUUGGCGAUAUUGCUAUUGCAAAUGACAUGGAAAUCGACCUAGUCUCCAGGUUCAUGAACCGCAAGAUGACUCCCAUAAUUAGCGAAUUAGCAGAUGAAGCGAAUUACCAAUUUCGCCAUCAUCUGGGGGAUUUGCCUGAGUUCCAAACAUUCAAUUGCUAUGAGCUGUGUGCGCGUCUGGUACACAACAUCUCUAGUCGAGCCCUAGUAGGAAUCGACCUAUGCAGAGACCCUAAAUAUAUGGCGGCUUGCACAAAAUACACCCAAACGGUAUUCAUCAGUGGAGUAUUGUGGAAUUUUCUUCCGUUGGGGAUCUUCCGCAAGCCAUUCUACUGGCUUGUCUCGCUUAAAUUCCGAUGGGAUCUUCAUAAGGCCACGGAUUAUAUCCGACCCAAAAUCCAGGAACGAAUGGAUGAGCGAGAUAUUGCAUGGCAGAGUAAGGGUGAAAAAUCAUAUUACAUGGAUGUCAUUCAGUUCGCCUUGGAUCAAAUUACUCCAUCCCCUCGCGAGAAUGAUGCCAGCCGGCAUGCGAGAAGGAUCGUUCACCUCAGCUUCGCGAGCACUGGCACUUCGAUCAGUCUCACAUAUAACCUGAUCUGGCAUUUACUUCUUCAACCUGAAAUUCUCGGCGUUUUACGCACAGAAAUUGAGACUUCCUUAGAACAACACGGAAGAGAAUGGUCCAAAACCAUGCUCGACUCACUGCAUCUUCUAGACAGCUUCAUCCGUGAGACACUUCGACAUCAUCCGGCAGCAUGUUUUUCGGGACAACGAACUGCUAUGGAAUCGAUUACACUUCCGGAUGGUAUGAAUCUGAAACCCCGUAGUCGAAUUGCGUUUGCUGCCGCCUCAACAAAUAUGGACCCAGACAACUACAAGGACGCAUCUAGCUUUGAUGCGUUCCGGUUUGCAGGGCCGGACUUCUCGCACCGGAGUGAAGGCAGAGUGAAGGCAGCUGUGUUUGAUGAGAAAUUUCUUUCAUGGGGGUAUGGGAAGCAAGCAUGUCCGGGCCGGUUCUAUGCGGUGCGUCUGGUGAAAUUGGUGUUUGGUCUUCUCAUCCAUGAGUAUGACAUUGAAUGGGAUUCUAGCAAGAAAGAGUUUCCCAAAGUAAUGGCUAUUGAAGGGACAUUUCUCGCUGAUAUGAAGGCCAAUAUACGCGUUCGCAGUCGUGAAAGGAAUGCUCCGUCCACAUCGUAG